GACAUUGACAGUGGAGCUGUCACUUUGUAAAUAUUUCUGCACUCAGCGAUCAUAAAACAAAGUUGAUUGGAGUUGUAAAAGAAAUUUAAAACACUUUCAUAACACAAUAUUGCCAAGAUGAGUCGCGAGUGCAUGAAUCGUUGUUUGAAGGUGUUCAAAAUGAAGGGUUCGAUGUUGGAUAAAAUCAGCUGCUUCCUGGCCGAGCUGAUGGGCACAGGAAUUCUCGUCUUUCUGGGCUGCAUUGGUUGCGUAAAAACGGACAUAUUCCCCAACAAUCAUCUACAGAUUAUUCUCAACUUUGGCUUUGCUGUUCUGAUCGCCAUCCAGUGUUUUGGCUGUGUAUCCGGAGCUCAUAUCAAUCCCGCCGUCACAGUGGCUGCCUAUAUCUAUGAUUUGGUCACGUUGCCAAUGGCACUUGUAUAUUUUGCGGGCCAAAUGCUUGGCGCUUUCAUUGGUUAUGGCCUGCUGAAGGCAUUGUUGCCAGACCCAACGUUAGAUGGCUUGUGCGUUACGCUGCCACAUGCAACUGUGACGACUCCUCAGGCCUUUGGCAUUGAGUUUGUGGCCACCUCAAUUCUGAUAAUUGUCUGCUGUGGCGUCUGGGAUCCCCGCAAUGCCAAACACCACGACUCAGUGGCCAUUCGCUUUGGCCUGGCCAUUGCCGGUUUGGCAUGUGCUGCCGGUCCAUUCACUGGCGCCAGCAUGAAUCCGGCCAGGUCCUUUGCGCCUGCCCUGUGGAACACUAACUUUACGGCACAUUGGAUCUAUUGGCUGGCACCACUGAGCAGUGCUGCCAUUACUGCCAUUACCUAUAAGGCUGUCUUCCGGCGCGAGGUUGUCGAGGCGCAGGUCAUUGCAGAAGAGAAACUGCGUCAGCUUGAGGAUGUGCAGCUGUCAUAAACAAAUGUCACACACACACACACACACAAGCACAUAUACUCAAACACACACACACACACACAAGUGCCACACACACGCUCUGUAAUGCAUUCAGUGGCGGGACAAAAAACAAACAAACAAACAAACAAACUUAAACAAAUGUAAUUAGUUGUAAUUUAAUAUCGAUAUUUGACGAAUUUUAUAUUAAUACAAUUAUUGUACAAUAAUAUAAAUCUUCGAUUAAUAAAGAAUAUAGACACUUUUCUUAUCUCAAA